UCUCCAUUUCUUGCCUGCGAGAGGGAUCAGAAAAAGUUGAACGAGCUAGAGCUCGCUAGCGGCGGACCGGCAGCCAGGCCCACGAGAAAGGCACUCGUCAGUCGGGAAGGUUAUCUGAUGGGGAACUGCGCGGCGUCGCGGCACGCCGGUGAGUCGUGGGCGGACGACGGCGAGUGGGAGGAGGCGUCGUCCACGUACGAGGACGGCGACCACCACCACCAUCACCAUGACGCGUCGGAGGAGCACCUGUCGGAGGUGACGAUCAGGAUCACCAGGAGGCAGCUGCACGAGCUGAUGGAGAGGAAGACGCCCGGCGGCCGGGGUAGCAGCACCCGGCAGCUGCUGGCGGACAUCAUGGACUCCGGGGAGGUGCACCACCAUGACGUGCACCGGGAGGAGCACUGGAGGCCCACGCUGCAGAGCAUUCCGGAGGCCGUCGAGUCGUGACGAGACUUGGUGGUGGCUACGUACGUACUUACUUACGUAUGCUGCCCCUGCCGGGCUGUGUGUGCGAAACCAGUGGCGGAGCUUGGGCCAAAAUUCUGGAGGGGCAAUGGGCUUAGGGGGAGCUAAAUUAUGAGGCUUGGCAUUAUUUUCCUGUACUUAUGGCCUAAAUACCUAGGGGUAGUGACAGAUUUCUUCAUGGGCUGGGGGGCGGUGGCCCAGGUUGCACUCCAUGAAGCUCCGCCACUGUGCGAAACAGAUUAAAGUUGCCAUUUCCCUCCUAGCCUCUUUUCCCUUUUCUCGUUCCCACGGUGUGUUUCCAUGUCCUUGAAUGGUUGUCCAUGAUCAUGCAUUUACAAAUAUUGGAUUUGGAUAGUUCGUUCAAUUUGUCACUGAUGUAGUAGUACAU